GACCCGUCCCUCCGCCGCUGAGACCUUGCCCUUACCCCGGGCCCUUUCCUGCUCCCCGAGCAGACGCAGGGAGUCCAGGCAGGGCGUACGGGGAGCCAUGAAGGGCCGCUGCCUGAGAGGCGCCGCGGCGGAGGGGCUGGCCGGCUGAGGGCCCGCGCCGGCCGAGGCAUGUGGAGCCCCAGCGGCAGCCUGCUCCAGGCACUACCCCGGCUCCUGCAGCACGCCGCCCUCCAGGGCCGAACCGAGCUGCCGGCCCGCUGGGUCCUGCCGCGGGCAGCGGGCGGGGACGACGCGGCCGAUCGCCUCCCCCGCGGGGGCGGGGCGAGCGCGGCGGCGGCGGCGGCGGCUGCCUCGGGCGCCCUGCUCGGCGCCUAUCUGGAGCGCCACGGUCCGCCAGCAGCCUCGGAGCUGCCGGCGCCGGGCGGGGCCUUGGCGGGCGGCCCCGGCGGCGGCAGCGGCGGCGGCGUGGUGGUCGGCGUGGCGGAGGUGAGAAACUGGCGCUGCUGCUGCCUCGGCAGCACCUGUUGGUGCCGGAGCCUCGUGCUGGUGUGCGUGCUGGCCGCGCUGUGCUUCGCUUCCCUGGCCCUGGUCCGCCGCUACCUGCAGCACCUCCUGCUCUGGGUGGAGAGCCUCGACUCGCUGCUGGGGGUCUUGCUGUUCGUCGUGGGCUUCAUCGUGGUUUCGUUCCCCUGCGGCUGGGGCUACAUCGUGCUCAACGUGGCCGCCGGUUACCUGUACGGCUUCGUGCUGGGCAUGGGACUGAUGGUGGUGGGCGUCCUCAUCGGCACCUUCAUCGCGCAUGUGGUCUGCAAGCGGCUGCUCACUACCUGGGUGGCCGCCAGGAUCCAGAGCAGCGAGAAGCUGAGCGCCGUUAUUCGCGUCGUGGAGGGAGGAAGCGGCCUGAAAGUGGUGGCGCUGGCCAGACUGACCCCCAUUCCUUUUGGGCUUCAGAAUGCAGUGUUCUCGAUUACUGAUCUCUCCUUACCCAACUAUCUGAUGGCAUCUUCGGUUGGACUGCUUCCUACCCAGCUUCUGAAUUCUUACUUGGGUACCACCCUGCGGACAAUGGAAGAUGUCAUUGCAGAACAGAGUGUUAGUGGAUAUUUUGUUUUUUGUUUACAGAUUAUUAUAAGUAUAGGCCUCAUGUUUUAUGUAGUUCAUCGAGCUCAAGUGGAAUUGAAUGCCGCUAUUGUAGCUUGUGAAAUGGAACUGAAAACCUCUCUGGUUAAAGGCAGUCAACCAAAUACCAGUGGCUCUUCAUUCUACAACAAGAGGACCCUAACAUUUUCUGGAGGUGGAAUCAAUAUUGUGUGACUCUAAUGAAAUGUGUGAUUGUCAAGAGCUAGUGUGCUGUCCAAGGUCUAGUGGUCACCUUACCAGCGGGCAGAGACAAGUUCUAAUUGUAUUAUGGCACAAACAAAACUGACUAGUUUUUAAAUUGCACAGUUUUUUUAAAGGAAGAAUCAUUUUCUGGAUAUGUAAUUGUAAAUGUAGAUGCAAAUUUGGGCUGCACCUCUUUAUCAUUUAUUACGCCCACAGUGGCCCAUAGGUCUGCACUUUAGUGUUUUUUAAUUGUUUUCUUUCUGGGUACUUAAGAACGGAGAAAUAACCCAAAUAUUUUUCUGCUUAGUGUCUUUAUUUAUAAAGUCCAUGAAUAGUUGUAAGCAUCUUCCCUACUUAUAAUGAUGAGUAAAAGUAAGUAAUUUUAAAUGUAUGAUAUUAUUUAGAUGUUCUGUGUCCUUUUCAGAAAAGAUAGUUUUUUUGGUUUUGUUUUUUGUUUUAAGUGGGACCACUUUGCUUCCCUUUUCCUUACUAGUUAGAAAAUAGACAUUAACUUUUGGUUGAAUGUAUUUUUGCAAGCAUCAUUGCAGGGCCAUUUACACCUUUUCACACAAGCUUAAAUCCUACAUUGUGGGACUGAAGUGCUCUUAAGAUACCUUUUUAUUUUCACUGUGGAAUAUGCAAAGCAAAAGGGAAAUUAUUUAAUGGGCGGUGGCUCAAAUUAGAACCCAUGUUCUAAUUCCAUUACAUUGGCUUUACUUUCGUUAGAUCUUUCAUCAAAGGGCUGUCCCGUUGCAGUCUUACUAAAAAGUUUUAGUAAAAUAAACUUCCUUUUCUUUUUAUAUUCAUCAUUAGGCUUUGAGAUAAAGAUCUAUUCCUUUAAAAUGAUGGACUUAACCAUCAUGGACGAUGUCACUCAGGUGGCCUUGUUUCAUCAAAUAGCCUUUAAAAAAAAAACCAAGCUUUAAAAUCAUGUUUAUAAGUCCACUGAAUUGCAUAUAUAUGUCCCCAUAGUCUUCAGCUUUAAAACUAUAAAUAUAAUGUUAACUUAAUGCCCGAAUUUGUAUUAUUUGCCCUACUAUAAAGUAGGUUUAUUUUGUUUGUUUUUUGGUACUUGUUUUUCUCUGAUAAGACUCAGGAAUUCUGAAAUGUGAAAUUAAGUCUCAAUUCUUUCUCUUGUAGUAUGAAUUGAGUGUAUUUAUUAAUAGCACUUAGGGAUAUAGCAUACAAAAAUUUGGCAUAUGAAUCAUACGACGUAUGUAUUACCCAUCUAUCACCUUAUGUUUUUAAAAUGGUUUAAUUGUGAACUUGAUGACUAGUUUUUUUACAACCCAGAUUAUAAAUAUGAAUGCAAAUUUUCUGGUUGGUAUCUCUUUUUUGGCUAUGACUAUUUCACCUUAUCAGAGACCUCCCAUUUGCCUUUUCAUUAGGGUAAAACCUUUGCCCUGAUUUACUAAAGUGCAAAAGAAUUCUUUGGGAGCACAUUUUUCUAGUCUGAUGCUAUAGACACAUUGCAUUUGAUUUUAAUUCAUAAGUUUUUUUCCCCUAUUGCAGUUAUAAUUGAUUUCCUUUUCUUCAUCAUGUUUAAGUUUUCUCACCUUUGGGUAACAGAGAAGUUCAUUUAUUGAUUUCCAUACCAAGACCUCAGUGCAAAUGAUCCAAGAGGUACCUGGGUCUACAGUACUUAAUUGGCCUCCAAAUCCUUCUUUCUUUCACUGGUAGAAAAAAAUAUAUAGUCCUAGAAUAUUCGUAUUCUUUUUUUUAAUCCUAAUUACUUGUUUUUAUUUUUUUAAAUAAUUUUAGUUUAAUAAUCCCGAUGAACAAUAUGCUUGAUUUAUUCUUUUCUGUCUAACUUGACAAUAUUUUUCUUGUGCUUCGUGUUUGUUGGUAAGUUUUUGUUAAAGGAAUCAUUUAAGAUCACUACUCUCAGACUUAUGUUACACUUCAUGUAUUUUGAAGUGCAUUUAUUUACUUAGCAUUUUGUAACUUGAAUAAUUUCACCAAAUGAAUACCUUUUAGUAGUUUGUAAUGAGUUCUUCCAGUUGUUGCAUUCUGCUUCAUACUUAAAAUAAGUAUGUAAAGGUAGAAGAGAAAUAAUUUUUCUGUAUUCUGCCAAUCAUAAUUUUAUAUAAUAAAAUCAUCCAUUUUUUACUUAAAAUAGUAUGGAUUUACUAUUUCCAAAAUACUAAUCUAAAGCUGCAAUUUUCCUUUGCUGCUUUAUUUUUGGCCUCCCAAGUAAACAACAAUCCAUUAUAUUUAUGCUGUUUGAUAGCUGAAUUUGGUUACUGGGUUUUAGAUGUGCUCUCUAUAAAUUGUAUGAAGCAUUGCCAUGCCUUAUUCACUCCAUCUUUAACCCUGCAUCCCAGAUUUAUGGCAGCAACAAAUUUAACAGGAUCCUUGUACGUUGCCCAAAUGAUGCCUCCAGUUCUAGAGUGUGUAUUUGUAAAAGAAAAUGUUUUGAUUUUUCAAACUGCAGUAUAAAGUUGCUUUAUGAACAUUUUAAAAAGUAUACAACAUACCUAAUUUCUCAGUCUGAUUGAAAGAUAUGUUCUAUUUUUAAUUCUUUGGGCCUUUCCCUUAGUUUUCCAUAGUUUUUUGGUUUAUUGUUAGUGAUUUGUUUACUCUUCGCCAAAUUUUGUCAUGUAAAUUAUCUUUAAACAGCACAUCUUUUUAAAAACGUGUACAUAAUAAUUUACUAAGUGCUUUCAUGUCCAUUUUCAUUUGAUCAUCUGAUUUGUGAAAUAACUUGAAAUCUGUACUCUUUGGUUUAUGAAGAUAAUAGAACCAAAUCUCUGUCAUUAGAACGUGUGUUUUGAGUUUGUGUUCAAAAGUGUGUGGAUUUGUUCAGAGCCAGCUAUACUCUUGUUUAAUGUACUUUGUAACUAACUGCAAACCUAAGAUGACUUUCCUUUGAUAGGGUCAAACAUAUGACUAUAAACCAUUUCCCUCCUUGAGAGGCUAAGUUCAGUAGUUACUCUUACUUACAUCCUUGCUGUAACUGAGCUCAGUGCCCUAGCCACCGGCAUGUCCCAGCCUUUCUGUGUGUGUUAACGUGCAAUGCUGAUUUGGACUGUUCUUGGGGAAGGUGCUAUGGCUUACUUAUGUCAGUAUUUGUGGGACUAGCUUUAGAAUGCUUGAGAAAGAGGCUAGGUAUGUGCCAAGGUAAUCCAGGUCAAUCCUUAGAUGCAUGGUAAAUCCAUGCUAUUCAAAAUCAAGUGGCGUUCACAGAGAAAAAAAAGGUCAGGAACAGUGAUACUGACUGAGGUUGAUGACUUCAGUGAUGGAAUUUGUUUCCGAGGCCACUCACUUAUCAGAACAAUGGUCAAAAUUACACUCUCUGGUGUUUAGAUUGGACGUUGCUGAUUUCUGUUAUAAUAAGCUGGUUAGGAUAUCAUUUUUUUAAAGGUCAUCUCUUUAAGUUUAAAAGCCUUUAAAGAAGGGAGGAAUCACCUGUUCCACAGGAUAUUUGAAACUCAGGAGUUCUAAUAACUUUGCAUAUUGAACAUGAACUAUUUAUUUCACAACUAAAUUAUAACUUGGUACUUUGGAAUUGCUAAGUGAUUGCUGCAAACUAUUUUCUACAGUAGCUGAAGAUUUAAAAUAGAUAAUUUGAAGGGUGAAUCAGUAAAAUCUCAUGAUAAUUGAUAUCCCAGAUCACUUGUGUGCCUGAGAAAAUAAAAGGUGAUAUUUUAUUUUCCUUCUUUCUUCUCUUUCUUUCCCUCUAUAAUUUGAUGGAUAUAGAGACAUGUGAUAUGGGAGGGAGCAAUUUAUGAGGAAGGGAGGACAUGCUAAGAUGGAAUGGUGGUGACUGACCCUAGAAGAGGGUGGUUAUGGUUACGGUUAUAGCAGAGGCCUUCUGGAGAAAUGAUUCUGAUGUCUAAUGUUGCCACUUGCUCUUUUUUUUUUUUUUUUUCUAAUACCCCUAAAUCACGAAAUGCCACCUGCCUGUCAAAAAAUCUUUAGUCAGGGCGCCUGGGUGGCUCAGUUGGUUAAGCGACUGCCUUCGGCUCAGGUCGUGAUCCUGGAGUCCCGGGAUCGAGUCCCGCAUUGGGCUCCCUGCUCAGCGGGGAGUCUGCUUCUCCCUCUGACCCUCCUCCCUCUCAUGCUCUCUGUCUUUCAUUCUCUCUCUCUCAAAUAAAUAAAUAAAAUCUUAAAAAAAAAAAAAAAAUCUUUAGUCAUUUGUCUCAGGCUGCAGUAAUGUUUACGAUGCCUUCAUAAUGUUGAAAGACUUUAACCAAAAUGAUUUCCUAUGGAUCUCUACCCUCCUUCCAUGACUGUUACCUUGAGGGCAUACUCUGCUGUCAUAACACUUUUCAUCUCCGCACCUAAAAUAAUACUUGUCCUUGUUUGUUUGUAGCAGUUACCGCACUGUUAUGUAUAUCUUUUUUGGCCAUUUUUGGUCAAAAUUGGUUGCUAGAACAUAAACUAGGCCAAAGGGGGGAUGCCCCAUGUUACAGACUGCUUUCAACUGGAGAGGUACAGUGGAGCACUGACUGGAUAAGUGUGUCUGGCAGUGCGACUGCUCAUUACCCAAGAUUGCACAGUACUCUCUGCCAUGCCUCUUUGGUUGAUGGUGCCUGUCAGCACUCAUUGUGGGGAAAACGUAGUAGUAGUAUACUGUAUUGGGAGGUCAGUAUUGAACAUUUUUAGGGAUAGCAUUAAAUGCACAGUGGUAUUAAAAUAGUAUAUGUGUAUAUGGUAAACUUAAUCAUUUUGCCAUGUUUCAACAAAGUUGAUUAUCUAAACAGUAAUUACUAACUGAUACUACUGUCUUAAAAAUGACUAAUACUCUGUAGGGCAAUCUGCUGGGUGAAAGGCUUAAAAAUCACAAAACAUGCAGAGAAAUGGAAGAGAAGAGAAUGAGUAGAAUAUGCAUUGAACCAAAAAAGAAUAAUUUGAAAAUUACAAAAUUUUUACAGUAGAUAUACAAUUAGAGUGGUAUGGGUUUGUUUUUUUUUAAGAUUUUCUUUAUUCACUAUAGAGAUAGAUGGAGCUAUAUAGAGAGAGAGAGAGCACAUGAGCGGGGGGAGGAGCAGAGGAAGAGGGACGAGCAGAUUCCAAGCUGAGCACAGAGCCCCACGCCAGGCUUGAUCCCAGGACCCUAAGAUCAUGACCUUAGCCGAAACCAAGAGUUGGACGCUUAACUGCACCACCUAGGCGCCCCAUCCCUGGUAUGUUUUAAUGUAAGUGUGUUUAUCCUAGGAUGCAUAAAAUUUAUGACUACCAUAUAGUAGAAGCAGCUAAGAGGGAAUUCUUUGAUUCUGUCCUUAUUAGUUACAAAGCGCUUUUCAGUAGAAAUGUUUUGAAGCAUGGCCUGUUUCAUACUCAUUAUCUCUCCCAGUCUUGCACUAAGUUGACCUCAGCAAGGAGGGCAGGGAACUGAGUGGUUUUCCAUUAAGUUUUUUCAGUUCAUUCGUCCAAUUUUAAGUUAAUUAACUGGUUUUGUGUCAUCACAUACUUUAAAUUUACAAAAGAACGGCUUUGCAUGGAAUCCACAUUCUAGGUAGUUUGCAAAGGAGUGCAUUACAUUAUUAGAUGGACUUGGAACAGAUUUUGGGAACAUGGAACCUGAGAUUGUCUUUCCUCCGCUUGGCUGCUAGGAUCUACAACUGCUGGGCACAGAUGAGGUUUGCUUUCUGUGAGGGUCUUAGCAGAGAAAGCCAACCUCUGAUUUUCUCUGGUUUCCCAGAGAGCAGGGCUUUCUCUGCUGGGAGGAAAGACUGGAGAGCCGGAGAUCUUGGGGGAGACUUUGAAAUUCUUGGGCUUCUCAGUGGAAGUUUGAUAUGGACCCCACCAAAAUAUGUCAGUUCUCCCUGGCCUCAGUAGGCUGAGAGCAGCUAAGUGGCCUGAAUGUUUCCUGCUGCCAGAGAAGGAGAGAAUUCAGGAAGACCAUAUACAAAGAAGUUUCCUGCAAACUUCCUUCAAGGAAUUCACAGCCUGCCUGCUUCAACUUCCACCCCUGGCAUUUCUGAUGUAUUAAGUGCAGCAUUGUUCUUAGUGUCAAACAACUGGAAACAAAGUGAACACAGCUUGUAGGGGAAUGGCUGCACAAAUUAUGGCAGAUCCACACCACUUCAGAGAAAGGAACUAGGUGUGUGUCCAUGAAUGCUGACGUCCACUCUCCUAGGCUGCUCCCAGCCAGUCACUGGGCAAGGUCCAUUCCUGAUGAUGUGGGAUUCCUCUUAACAGGAUACAUUUCCUUAGGGACAUCCCAUCAGUCGGGCUGAGGUUUUCUCAGGACUGACCUGCAAACUGAGGUCCAUCCUUUGCUCCUUUCUCAGGUGUUAGUCCCAAGUCUUAGUUAAAAGGCCCUCUCUGCCAACUCCUGCUUCUUCCCCUUUAUUCUUCACAGGCAUUUCCCUCAGUAAGUCUCUCGUGUUUAAUUCAACUUGCAUCUGUUUCUUGGAAGACCUGAACUGAUACAAUCUGCUAUGAUGCAAUGAGGGGGAAAAAAUCACUUCUGUGAUAUUUCUGCCAAAAAUGCAUGAUCUGAAUCUCUUCAUGAGGAAACAAACACCAGACAAACCCAACGGAGGUACCUUGUAAACACAACUGGCCUGUAGUCCCGAAAACUGUCAAGAUUAUGAUAAAAAAAAAAAAGACUGAAAACCUGUUCUACAGUGAAGGACUUUAAAGAGAUGAGAUAACUAAAUGCAUGUGUGAUCCUAUAUUGAAUUUGUUACAAAGAACAUUAUUAAGAUAAGUGGAAAACUUGGACUGGUUCUUUGUAUUAGAUGGUGAUAACCAUCUUGAUGGCAUGAGAGGAAAUGCUCACUAGAGAAUUCAGGGAUAAUGAGUGGAUCAUCAUGUCUGAAACUGGGUUCAGAAGAUAAAGGUCUUUGCACAAUUCCUGCAACUUGUCUAUAAAUUUGAAAUUCUCAUCUUUCAAGAAGUAAAUGUGGAAUAUGGGGAAUGGACUCAGAGGAGCCAAGAAGAAAAGUCUGGAGACAAAUUAGAAGGCUAUUCGCAGAUGUCCAGCUAACAAUGAGUGGGACAGGAGGUAUGGUAAGCAAAGAGAGAGUCAAGGUAGAUUUAAGUGAUGGAAUUAUCCAGACUCAUUAAUGAAUUGGAUAUUGGGCAGGGGGGGGCGGUAAGAAAAAGGGUAAUUAAAGAUAAUUUUUUGUUUCUGGCUUUAGCAACUGAGUGGAGGCUAGCCACUCAGUGUAGCAAGGAAGAUGGAGGGGAUAAUAGGUUUAGGAAGAAACCUAAAAGCUAGGGUUCUGCUUGCUUAUCCAAGAGGAAGGCUUGUCACCGUGCUGGAUUUGUGAGCACUUGCCUCAGAAAAUAUUUCUCUAUUGUAAUUUUCCAUCAGGCUACAAUGGGCUGACCAUUCCUGCUUCCAGCAUCACCAUCUAUUGUGAUAGUGGCUGAAAACAGGAUGAGCUCUAAAUGUGGUUUUAAAUUUGCACUUGCAUUAGGCUCACUCCUCAUAAGAACUUUGGGAAUUACUUUCUCUCCUGGGGCUCAUUAGAAGCUUCCUAGCGUUAACAAACAGGUAACUAGUUGCUUUAUUACAUAUGUAAUAGGGGGAAGACUACUCUCAUUUUCAAUUCACUAUCAUUGUUACCAUCAAAGGGAAUUGUAAAUGAGAGUUUUCUUAAAUACAAUUAGCUUAAGGCUACUCAAGUAUUCAUUCAGAGAACAUUCUUAUUUAAAAAUGUUUAACUCUGGUCUGUGUCUGAAAGAUAUAAAACAUGUAGAUUUUGUAUAUUUUAUAUGUUUGCUGUUACACAAAUUUGAUAAAAAUAGCCAACAUUCUUUAGAUAAAGAUAGGUGGUAGUUCUUUUUGGGCACCCCAGUAACAGGUGGGUAGGAAAGCGAAAACAAAACUAAGUAGGCAGGAAAACAAUUCCUUAGGAGUGGAAAAAAAGCAGGGAGGGGUCAGUGAUCUUGACAUUUCAGUGAGGGGAUUUCUAGGAAGAUGUCACAAAUAUUCAUAAGGACCAAGAAAUCUGUUCCAGUGUCCUGUAAGACGUGUAUUUUGUUUGACCCCUACUCAAGAUUGUCUCGAGAGGUCUUGAGAAAGCUACUGUUGAAAGACUUAAAGCAUUUUACUUAAUCUGUCAGUUUAACAGUGACACUUGUGUCUCAGCUCUGCCAUUCACUAGGGAGAAGCUUCACCAAAUGGAGUUUGGUUCUGACUUUUCCCCAGGUUCCUGUUCUCUGUCCUCAUAUUUAUAAACAAUCGAGCUAGAGUUCUUGUCCUCUAACCCUCCAAAAAUGUUCAUAGUGAAAUCAGUAGUAGUCGGAGUAUGUUGAGUUACUUGAGUGGUAUUUGCCGUUGCACAGAGCAAAAGGGAGGGGCCAACUGACCAGUCUCUCUGCAGUAUCAGCAGUCAGUGCACAGUUGCUUUUCUCCUUUUCCCCAGAGUUGAACAGGACCCUGAAUAGGGCUCAGCUGAAGCAGAUACAUGGAAAUAACAUGUAUCAUGGAGUCUUAACAGAUGCCUUCUACUGUGCACUAUUCUCUUACUUCAUCCUCACUCUCUCAGAGGCAUUUGUCUUGUUCUCUGUCUUGUUCAUCACUGCCUUGCCGGCUCCUGGAAUAGUGCCCAGCACCUAGUAGAUGCAUUAUAAAUAUUUGUUGACUUACUGAAUAGUAAAAUGAGCAUAACCUUGUAGAGAUGGGACAUGGCUUGCUUACACUACUGGAUUUAAUAAAUAUUCCAAAAAUG